CAUGGCAGAAUAUUUCAUGAAAUGCAUUUUAGGGAAAAUAACUGGAAAAUUUAUUGUAAAAUUAAGUUUAAUUUUUCAGCCGAAAGUUAGCCCAGUGAAACUGAAGACAAAAGGAGACAGGUUAAAGGUUGAGAAAGUACGAGGUGAGAAAAAGAAGAAAAAGAAGAACCUCCCGACAAAGAAACAGAUAAUGAACAUUGAUCUACAUCAGCACACGACAGAAUCUCAACAGGCCAUGGACGAGGAACGCAAGUCAUACUCAAAUACAGAUGAGGACUCCAAUCCAGCUUCAUUAAAAGUAAGAAUUCCUAAGGCGGGGGCAUAUCUAGAUUCCAUGACAAAAAAGGAGAAAUUCCUGAAGUUAGAUCCAGAUAUCAAACAAGAGAAGGAUGAUCUAGGAAUAGGGCUCAAACUGAAAGUGUCUAAGGGCAAGAUUAUCAGUGAUGCUAAAGGAAGGUCUGGUCACUCAAGUCAGAGCAGGGAGAAUGAGGAGAAUGACAGUGACACGGACAAUCUAGUGGUGGACGAGAACCCAUGGAAAAACAAACGACCAAUGGGAUCUUCCUCCUCAGCAUCCACCAUGAAACCAGGCUCGCUCAAACUCAAGUUGUCUUUUGCUGGUAAGGCCCUGCCCCCCCGACAACAUAAUGGGACACGAGAAUACCCAGGAGUCAGAGACAGCCACCAGUCAAAGUGAACCAGAGGAAUCCCCAGGAAUCCCCCGCGCAAACCUUCCCACAAUUCAGGGCGGACUUAACUGCAGCAUCUCAGAUAUCCUAGAGGCCAGUGGUUAUGGAACAGAGACAGAUUUUAUUGUGGACAGUGAAUCAAAGAAAAGUACACCAGAAAUAAAUUUGAUGAUUAGACUUUGAUUUUUGAUCAUCUAUGAAGAUCAAAGAGACGAACAAGGUGCUUUGACUUUGAUCGUCUAUGUGAGAGUUUGAUUUUGGGAAGUUAUUAAGAAAAAAUGCUUUUGAAGUAACAUGGGUAAAAGACGAAUUUUAUAAAAUACAAUGGAGAGGCAUUUCCCAAAAUGAUCACCAAGGAUAACUUAUGUGAUUAUUGACCUGAAAACGAUGAUGCUCUUAAAUUUAAUACUCUGCAACACAAUUGUAUACUUAUUGCUUUAUCACUUGGUCAGUCACUGUGAGGGACUUAAAGCAGUUACCAUUGCUCAUUAUUCGUGUAAACCAAAGAAACUGAGAGGGACAUUUCGUGCAUCUACGAUCAGGAUACGACAGUUGCUGCUUGCAACCGGCAUUGCUGAUUAUUUACAGACAAGAGCAGCAGGAGUUCGAGCUGAAACAAACCACAAUUGCCUCUGACUACCACAUGGGGGAAGAACUAGACACCCAAAUGUUGUUAUUUUUCAUAAAACUGUGAAUGUGGAAUAAAUUGCUCGUCAUACAAUACAAAAUAAAGUUCUUGUU